AUGUUAAUUAUAAAUUUGGGCAUGGUAAAGAACAGUCACAAGAUAUCCCUUCCGAAGAGAAAAGCAAAGAUCCACUCAAAUGAAGAAUUGCCACUACCUAACAACCACAAAAAUCACAAUAGUUCUCCUCAAAACAACCACGAAAAUCAAAUUAGGACUCCUUCAAUUAAGAGUAAACUUUUUAUAGAGAAAUUGAUAUUGAAGAUCUAGCUUCAGACUCCUACACAAGUGAAGAUUGUACAGAUUCAGACUCAUAUGAGUAUAUCCACUCCACAAUGGAAAAAAUUGAAUACUUAGUCCGCGCCAACCCAGAUAUAAGAAAAAUCAAAGGAAAUAGGAGGUUUUUAUGUUAAUUAACAGACGGGUAGUGUUUUAUUGGUUACACUGUCAUCAAGGACCCGAAGGGAUUUAUCUGCUUUGCGACGUCUAUAUCUCAGCGUGAUCGAUAGAGAUGAUAGCGGAGAGGUGCUUGAAUCUUCUUCUUUUCUUAAUCAGCCGCAUCUCCAGGAAGGAUUAAGUGUACACGAGGGGAUACUCCUCCACUUUGCCCGAUUAAGGGCUCCAAUUUUGAGGGGCGGAUUAUGGACUUCUGCGACUCUGUUGCGGGUUUAUUAGAUAGUAGGAUCUAGAAAAUACCCAGAGUCUGACGGGUGUUGGGUACCGAUCUCAGCAGCGACAGGUAAAAAAGGCUCAAAAUAGGCCCUGACCGCAGCCCCUGGGUAUUACGGCGAAGGUCCACCUUAGGAGUUCCGAUGCACACUGCCUGGCUACGCCUUUUCAACAUAGGAACUGAGUAGAAAACCUACCCGGAAAGCAUAAAGCUAUAUCAGACCUGAAUCUCGACUGGCUUCUCGUUUAGUUCGUCUUGGCCAUAAGUUGAGAAAAUUGUGUCAAGAAGUCGGAUGCACUUAGAUGGCCAUUUUGUAUGAAAUAAAAGGUCAACUGAUAAUAUACACACAAAUAAUAAAACAGCGAAAAACCUGGAAAAGGGAUUGAGCGCCUUGAAGUUUUUUGUCCCUGAAGAUGUGAUGGAUGAAUAUCGAACUGAAGGAAUUGAUAUACUUCCGUGACCUAUAGACAAAGCUGAACGAAAUCUUUAUUUCAGCUUAUAA